GCUUUCGCGUGACGACUUGUGAAAGCAAUUGUUUGUUAGCUUGAAAAGAAUCGAUCAUAGCAAAGCUCCUUGAUCCCUGGCUGACGACCAGUUUGCAAGUUUGGCUCUGAGUUGUGAAUUAGAUUUGGGAUUCACGUGUUGCCAUGAGGAUUUAUCAGUAUACAUUGUAUUGGCACUCAUACUGUAGGCACUAUUUCACGGUUUAUUUACAACCCCCCGGCUUUGACCGCUAAGUUAGGUUAAGUUUCAAGUCUGGAUACUGUGCUUGCAGCACUCUGUUUGAAAACGAGUUCAACGGAUUGUAGCAUCAUCGACAGCAGACAUGACGUAUGCAUGAUGAAGGAAGGGUUCACCGUGGUAGUAUAGCUUGAAAUGAUUUGAAUAAUACAUCAAACGCGUGAAGAGUGCUCAAAUACACCCCAUUUGAGAUAUUCAAGAUGUCCGGUACUGCUCCUUCUGAUCCUGCCCCCGGUGGCCACGCCCACGAUCGUGGGGUCCAGCAAACCUCUCUCGACAGUAACCAACACGGCCAAGCACAGAACAUCAUCGAUGAGACCAACAACACCACUACAGGCACCACCGUGGACCGCAAUCUGGGCCAAGCCAUCGAUGCUAGCACGAGCAAAGGCCAGGACGGCCUCACGCAACGCGUCGAUGACCUCUUGAACACACCCGCCAGCCAGAGCGGCAACGUCUCUGCGGAGAACAAAGCUCAGGGGAAAACAGAAGAAGGCUUCCGGGUAGGCGAGCGUGCUGAUCUGCAUGAUCUGGCACAAAGCAAGCAACCAUGAUGCUCCCGCGGCUGACCUGCUCGGUGGUUGAUUAUCUGAGCUGGACUUGGUAAAAAUAAAAAGACACCCGGGCGAGGCAAGGGUAUUAAUCUGGAGGCACG